AUGGUGAAUGUUCCUAAAAGCUGCUGGACUUUACGUAAGAGGUGUGGCAAGCAGCAGCCCCACAAAAUGACCCAAUACAAGAAGGACAAGGAUGCUCUGUACGCCCAGGGAAAGCAGCAUUAUGACAGGCAGCAGAGUAGCUAUGAUUGGCACACUAAGCCGAUUUUCUGGAAAAAAAACCCUAAAACUACAAAGAGGAUUGUGAAGCUUGAAUGUGUUGAACCCAACUGCAGAUCUAAGAAAAUGCUGGCUACUGAGAGAUGCAAGAAUUUUGAAUUGGGAGGAGAGAAGAAGAGAAAGAGCCAAGUGAUCCAGUUCUAA